GCAUGAGUGAGUCAGGCAGUGAUCUAACAUGUCUGUCUGUUAAGGCAGGGAUCUAACACGUCUGUCUGAUGAGGCAGUGUUUACCACAGGGGUUGACCGAUCGCUCUGUUUCUUUGUUGUUGUUCAGAUUUCAGGGGCCCCCGCCCCUGUUGGAGGGGCCCUUGGCUGUCAACACCCGACUGCAGAGGGGCCGCCGGCUCUUCACUGGACAACUGAGGGGGCCAGAGUCCUUCACGGCUGACCAAGAUGGGAAUAUUUACACUGGGACAGUGGAUGGAAAACUGUGGAGGAUUUAUCAGGACACGCUGACAUUCAUCACACAGAUGGGACAGGACAUCCCUGAAUGUGGCAGCAGUAGGGACUAUGAGCCGGUGUGUGGCCGGCCCAAAGGUGUGCGAUUGGACAGCAGCGGUCAGCUGAUCGUGGCAGACGCCUACUUGGGCUUGUUCAGGGUGGACCCCCAGAGCGGAGAGAAAACACUACUACUGUCCAGCAAGCAAGGCUGUGAUGGAAUCCCGUUUGGGUUCCUGAAUGGUCUAGAACUCUCCCGGAACGGAACCAUCUUCUUCACAGACUCUAGCAGUAAGUGGGGAAGAAGGCAUGUCCGCUAUGAGGUGAUCGAGAUGAACCACCUGGGCCGCCUCCUGGCGUACGAGCCCCAGACGGGUCAGGUCCGGACUCUGCUGGACUCUCUGUACAUGCCCAACGGCAUCGCCCUCUCCCCAGAGGAGGACUUCAUCAUGAUGUCCGAGACCAGCAUCGGACACAUUGUCAGGUACUGGUUAAAGGGACCACAGGCCGGCACCAAGGAGAUCCUCAUGAACAACAUGCCUGGUUACCCUGGCAACAUCCGCCUCAGUGACCGGGGCACGUUCCUCGUGGGCAUGACCACCACCCGUUUCCGUGGGCGAAUCAUUCCCCCUUUCCUGGACCUCGUUGGGCCGUACCCCGCUGUCAAGCGCUUCAUCACCAAGCUGAUUCCCUUUAGCUGGUAUAACAUGCUGCUGCCCAAAUACGGCCUGGUUCUGGAGCUGGGUCCAGACGGAGAGGUUCUGGACAGCCUUCACGACCCGAACGGGACCCUCACCUGGGCCGUCAGCGAUGUGUUCCAGCACGGAGGGCAGUACUACCUGGGCAGCAUCCACCUGCCAUUCUUAGCUGUGCUGGAGCACUGGAGCUAGGGGCAGUACAGGAGUACUAUCUGGAAUUGUUUGUCUACUGCUGUACUUUAACAAGGAGGAAGAAACAAGGACUGCAGCUUCUUACAAUAGUCUAGUGGACUCCUCCCCUAACUGUGCGCUCUAAUUCACUGCUCAACAGAAAGAUGAUAUGUUGUACUGACCUCUUGUGGCCAAGAAGUGCCACAACAUUUUUGCCAUUGUGAUUGAGUAACAUGUGUUUUAAGGAGCUUGUUUUUUCUUCUGUGUUUUAUGUUUUUGAAACAUGUAUGUUGUUUUAGUGUCUUUGGGGGGUUCAUUCAUCCCAAAAUGCUCAAUGUUAAAAACGAGGGUCAAACUGGAUCACCAGCACGAGACAAUACUGUGUUAGUGUAUUAUUAUUAUUAUGGUUGUAAUAUGUAUUAAGUGUAUUAAAUAUUACUGUUGAUAACGGGAGGAAAAAGAAAACUAACGUGCAAAAUAACGUCUGUAAAUCCUAAAUAGACUGCAAAAGUGCCUUAGUGACAUGAACUGGGUCACCUCAAUGUGUGGGUUUGUGGGAAUAAGGAGGACUUCAAUGACUCCACUGUAAAUGCGUUUGUAAUCGUUUGUGAUAUUAAAAGGCACGAUGUAA